AUGCCUAGUUUCUUCUCCAAAUCCGCUGAGUCCUCCUCACCAUCUCAGCCCUACUUCCUCAUCCAUCUUCUCUCACUGGCAUCUCAAAUUUUCAUAAACAUCACGAUUGCCAUCACCUCAUCCACCAAAAUCAGACCGAUCAUCUUCUCUGAUUUUAAUAUUGCCUACUAUCAGGCUGAAUCUCUCACCUCCAAGGCCCAAGUCUCAGCGAUGAAGUCGUUUGAUGUCACCCUCCGCCAGAUCUUCAACCCGAGAUCCACUCAACUCAACUUUCCCCUCAAUGCGCUUAUCCGAUCUUCUCGCUCUCUCAAAGCCAUCCGCACCUCAACAAGUUACCGGGCUUCGAGAUUAGCCGAGUCAUCGGACGUGAAAAUUCAGCACGAUCACAACCUACCAAUCGGCUGCAAUUUAUCCCAAUCGACUCUCUUUCGGCCAUUCAAGAUGCCAUCACCGAUCUUUAUCAGAAGGUCCUGCCCACCUUCUGAUUCUUACCUACGAAGCCUUAACGAUCACGCCGAGUCUCGAAACCUUCAACUCCGUCACACUGACCCGGACGACUUUCUUGAUCAACCAAACCGGGAUCGAAGAUCUUACCUCGUGAAAGCAUUCAGGCAGCGGAUUGCACGUCACGCAAAGAUACUCGUGGUUGACGAUGAGGAUGAUCUUGGACCUAUCGACCCGAGUUGGCUUUGA